AUGCGGACAGUUGGCUUUCUCUUCGUGCUCGCCGCUACACCAGCGACCCUCGCGUUCAAAAGUCAAGACUUCAAGACAUGUUCUCAGGCUGGCUUCUGUCGAUGUGGACGUGCGCUGUCUGUUAUAAUUAGGGCAGCCCAAAGCCCUUCCUGGACAUCACCAUACGCUGUAGAUGCAUCUAGCGCUGCUCUCUCACGCGACCAGACGUCGUUUAUUGCGGCAAUUAGGUCAUCUAUAUAUCCUGACGUCAAAUUCGGUCUCGAUGUCCGGAUACAUGACGAUGGGGUUGUGCGCGUACGGAUGGACGAAGAGCCGAAGGUCGGUCAACAGCAGUGGGAGCUCGGAAGGGAUGGCGUCAGUGCUGUGUACAGCGCAGAGAAGGAAGUCGAGGUCAAGGAACAAGUUGUGCUUAAUAACCGCGGUCUCCUGCACAUGGAGCAUUUCCGUACAAAAGAAUCCGUGGCGAAGGGCAAGGGGCGAUUCGAUACCGACGGCAGCGCACAGGUAGUGCUCAAUAACCACCCACGCAUCGCCUGGUUCGAGGGAGAGGAGGAGGAUGGCUGGUGGGAGGAGACUUUCCGUUCUUUCGUAGAUUGCAAGCCCAGGGGUCCUGAGUCUCUAUUUAUUGACAUCGACUUCCCGAACCAUGGCCAUGUAUAUGGUAUCGCCCAACACGCAACGCGCCUCGACCUCCCCACAACCACAGGCGAGAACGCAUACUACCCCGACCCCUACCGCUUGUACAAUGCGGAUGUGUUCGAGUACCUGAACUCGACUGCGGCUGUCUUCAACGCGGUCGGUUCGGAUACGUUCAUCGACAUCGGCCACCCCAUUCCCAAGUCCUCGACGUCGCACUGGAUUUCGGAGACAGGCAUCCUUGACGUCUUCAUCAUCCCUGGUCCCACGCCCGCCGACAUCUUCGCGCAAUAUACCCGCCUGACGGGCACGCCUGCGCUGCCUGCGCAGUGGGCCCUCGGCUACCACCAAUGCCGCUGGGCCUACGUCAGCUCGGACGACGUGCGCACGGUCCAGAAGCGCUUCGACGAGGCGGACAUGCCGGUUGAUGUGUUGUGGCUGGACAUUGAGUAUGCAGAGGAGCACAAGUACUUCAUCUGGGACAAGAGGCACUUCCCGGACCCAGUGGACAUGAUCAAGGACGUGGAGGCGGUGGGGCGCCAUAUGGUCGUGAUCGUCGACCCGCACUUGAAGCGCACGAACGACUACCCUGUAUACAAGCAAGCGGCCGAGCUGGGCAUCCUCAUCAAGAAUGGUGACGAUACGACGGACUACGAAGGCUGGCGCUGGAGUGGGAGCAGUGCUUGGGCGGACUUCUUCAACCCGCGCACCUGGGACUGGUUUCCUGCGGUCUUCAACGGCCCUGAGAUAAGCAUGCCGCGUGACAACAUCCACUACGGCGGGUGGGAACACCGUGAUCUUCACAACAUUAACGAAAUGCUCUUCCACAACCUCACGUCGCAGGCCGCGAUGGCGCGGACGGAUCCCCCUGAGCGGCCUUUUGUCCUCUCGCGUUCCUUCUACGCCGGUUCCCAGCGCUUCGGCGCAACGUGGACUGGCGACAAACUCGGCACCUAUGGCCCCGACGUUGGUGGAUACUUCGGCAACCCCGACUCUGAGAUGCUCGUGCGGUGGUACGGCGUCGGCGUCUUCUCGCCAUUCUCCCGCGCCCACGCGCACGUCGACGCGACGCGCCGCGAGCCCUUUCUGCUGAACGAGCCUUACAAGAGCAUCUACACCGCGUUCCGGGAGGCGAGCGUCACGGGUCUGCCGGUCGUGCGCCCGCACUUCGUCGUGUUCCCGCAGGACGAGGAAGGGUUCUCUCUCGACGACCAGUUCUUUGUGGGCGGCUCUGGCUUGUCGGUCAAACCCGUCACUCGCAAGGGUGCCACAGAGGAAAUCGUAUACCUUCCCGCGGAGGACCAGGUGUACUACGACUCCUUCAACGACCACGCCUACCGCAGCAGCAGCUCUAAGGGCAAGCUGAUCACCGUCCCCGCCGAACUCCAUCAGAUCCCCGUCUUCGUCCGCGGCGGCUCCAUCAUUCCGACACGCGAGCGCCCCCGCCGCUCGUCUCCUCUAAUGAAGCACGACCCCUUCACGCUCCGCGUCGCGCUCGGCUCCGAUGGCAGCGCUCGCGGUGAACUCUACCUCGACGACGGCGAGACGUACUCGCAUCAGCAGGGCCAGUUCGUGUGGCGCGAGUUUGCGGUCGAGAAGCUGGCCAAGAAGAGCAGGUGCGUGUGGAUCAGCAGCCGUGACUUCGCAGCGCAGAAGCCUGCGGAGGCGGUCGAUCGCGUCGCGCUCGCCGCGUACGACAGCGGGAACGACUUUGCGAAGAGCAUCGCCAAUGUGCGUGUCGAGAAGUACAGCAGGCCCACGACGACGAUCACCGCUGGAGUUGCGUCUGCGGACAAGAAAGAGGGCACGGCGAGUGUGCUUGUCAUCCGGGACCCCAAGGUGGCGGUUACGAGCGACUGGGCUAUCCUGGUGCAGGCUUGA